AUGGUUCCUCCGCCAAUACCAGCAGAUUGUAUUGAAGAAAUAGUAGAAUUCCUCGAAAACAAUAUUCGUACAUUACAUUCUUGCUUGUUAGUAAACCGUCUUUGGUGUCAAAUAGUAGUUCCCGUCUUAUGGCGUCAACCAUUUCGUUAUAAACGUUUUAAUCCUUCUGCGAACCUUUUACAAACUUAUUGGUCAUGUAUGACUAUAGAUUGUAUAUCUAUCGAUGAUAGACUUAUUUUACAAGAAUUCAAUAUUAUAUUACCUGAUUCCAACCAAUCUUCUCUAAUUUUUAAUUAUCCAUCAUUUAUAAAAAGACUAAAUUAUCGUGAUUUAUAUGAUUUCGCCGUUAUAUGGUACGGUGAUCCUAAUAAUUUACGACAUAAACGACCUUUUCGUCAAGACCCUAUGAAAACAAUCGCAAAAUGUUUAUUUAAUCUUUUUAUUGUUAAAGGUGCGAAAUUCGAUUAUUUAUUUUGGGAUAAUGGAAGUGAUCUUAUUGACGAAAUUCCUGACUAUUGUGAUCGUGAUAGCGAUGAAGAUGAUGAACAAGAUGUUGUUGGUGAUCUAGAUGACGAUGAUAUACUUUUGGAUAUCCCAUCGCUACCUGAAUCUUGUGAAAAUUUCGCAAAUCUUAAAGUGUUAGGUUGCUUUGCAAGAUAUGAAUAUUGUGAACAAACUUUUAUUAAUGCUGCCUCAUCAUGUCAUGAAAUUGAAACUUUAGUUAUACGUAUGUGUAUGAAUGAUGAAUGGAGUACAGAGAGAGCACAGUCUGAACUUGAAGCUUUAUCUAAACUUAUUGAUGUUCAAAAACAUUUAAAAGAGUUUAUAUAUGUCGAAUAUCCUGGUCGUUUUUGGUGGAGUCCUUCUUCAAGACUAAAAAAUGUUGAAUUUUCUUCAUUAAGUAGUCAGGUAAAUUCGUUGACUGUUGUUGAAUUCUAUCAUGUUGACUUUAGAUUCUGGCAUCCUUUGAAUUCUAUAGCAGGUUUAAUAAACUUAGAAAAUUUGGUUUUCAAUAAUUGUCGACAUCAAGAAUAUGUAAUGGAACCUUUUCGUUUCGGUUCUUUUAUGAAACUUAAAAAAUUUGUAAUGAACGGAUACGAAGGUAACAGCUUCAUCCAACCAGAUUUGCUUGAUACCCUUUUACAACAUGUGAGCAAAUCUUUAAUGUACCUUUCUAUAAUUAUGACGGCAGAAACGACAACUACUGUCAUAAAUGCUAUAGAAAAAUAUCAUCUUGACUUAUUAGAACUCGCUAUUAAACUUGAUCAAUCACAUUUCUUUGCUUUACAAUCAUGUCCAUUUUAUAAUUGUUCUAGAUUAAAUAAAUUAGUUGUGAGUAGUUGGGGAUAUAUGGAAGUUGUUGCUGAUGCAAUUCUGCCACAAUUAGGAAAAUCUUUACCGCCCAGUUUGGAACAUUUGGAAAUUUUAGCACCUUGGAUGUUUACUCUUCGUGCUUUGGAUUCUUUUUUAGUUAAUUGUAGAGCUCCUUUGAGAUAUUUUGAUAUUCGAUAUUGUAGAGAUAUUACGGAUCAGCAUAUUAAUCUUAUUUGGAAAAGAUUAUAUAAUACUUUAGAAAAUUUGAUCAUUUCAGAAAAAGAUCCUCCAUCUUCGAGUACGACUAUUGAUGAACAAUCAAAUUCAGAUGGUUUCGAAGGUGAAAGUUACAAUCUUGACAGUGCAAAUGCUGAUUAUAAUAAUUAUGGAUCUGCGAGUUCAAAUACCGAGGAUGAGCCAAAAAAUUAUCAGACUAAGCAACUUUGUAGUGAUGACAUGUCCUUACAUGAAAUUGUUAAAAGGACAAAGAUAAAUUUAACAGCUGAUGAAACUUACAAUAAUAGGAUUGACACUUUAAGGUACAGAUGGGAGUGA